AUGUCGGUGGCCGAAACGAACCAAGCGACUAAUGCGGUGGGUGUACUCUUCGAUGUUGGUUGGACUUAUGCGAACGGUUACCAGCACAUGAUCAACAAGCCUGGCAACAUCAUAGCCACUGAGGCCCGAAUGACAACGGUUGAUAACCAUUGCGAUCAGGAUGACAACAAGGGAUCCGGCAAGCUCAAGCGCAUUUGCUAUUCCUCUCCGGCGCUGAUCGCUUCGACUCCCCCAAUGAGCAGCAAAGGCGCAAUACCGCUACGCUCUCGCCGAGAUGCGAAGGCGUUUACCGCCGUCGACUGCUGCGUGGUCUCUCAACCAGGAACCACCAAGCUAAAGGGUAUCGCUUCAGCUACGAGGUCAAUCAGCAGCGCGUUCCUAGCUCCGGCUCCGUCCCAGGACUCGGGUGGCCACGUGGCGUUUCUCAAGGUUUCGGCUCCGGCUCCGGCAAUCACGGCUACGGCCCCGAUCAGGACGAUGGAACGGUAA